AUGGUAUACGAAGCAAGACUUUUCCCCAGUAAAAUUUGUAAGACAGUAACAAGCAUGGUGAAUGUUUAAAGACCUUGUCCUUCUCUGUUUUACUUUCCAGGCAUCACUGCAAAGCCUUGGCAUGACUCAAAGGACUUUCCCUUUACUAAGCAUCUGACAAAGCACUUUUAGGAGAUAAAAGAUGAGUAUCUUGAGAAAAAAGAAGAAAUAGAGAGAAUUGCUUCAAAGGCAAUCGAUGUAGAUCCUUUUCACAAAGUCAAAGAAGGAUCUUGUCUGAAAUAUCCAUACAUUCUUAAUGGUCAUAUAAAUAGCAGUUUUCACCUCUAAAUGCCAAAUACAUUCAGAAUUUUGCAAGAGCUAAGCAAAAGGGGUGAUGGGCCAAUGCUCAAUAUUCCAUUUAGCUCUUCAUAUAUUUCAAUUAUGAAACCAAUCACAACUAUAGACAAGCAUUACGGCCCAUGCAAUAUUAGAUUAAGAGCUCACUUGCCAUUACUUUUGCCAGACAGCGAAGAGGCCUGUUUUAUAAGAGUUGGUGGAUAAAUAAAGUUUUGGAAAGAGGGAGAAAUUAUUGUAUUUGAUGAUACUUACGAACACGAGUCAUGCAACUUAAGUGAUAUUCAUGAGAGAGUUUUGCUUGUGUUUGAUGUUUGGCAUCCUGAAUUAAUGCCACAAGAAAGAUAAGCUAUAAUAGAAAUGUUUUAGAAUUCAGCCUAAGGUUAAUGA